CUCUCAGAUUCUCUCUAGUCUCUUCGUUCUCUGUUCCUUCUAUCAAAGAUUGUCAGAUUCACAGGAAGAGGGUUUGGGAGAAAAGUUCAAAUACUUUGGUGUUUUCUACAAUUCAGUUAAUUUGGCCCUUUUGGGUUCGGCGGGUUCUUAGGAAAUCGAAAUCAAAGACACUCUCUUUAUCUUCUCAGGUUCAUGAAUCAUGUCAAAAUUUAAAACUAUCGAUUCAUUCUUCAAAAGGAAAGAAGCUGACAUUUCGAAAAGUAAUACAUUGUUGGAAUCUAAUGCCGAAACUUCAAAUCCCAAUGAGCGUCAUCUUAAAUCUCCAAGGGUUGAAGAUGAAGAACAUCCUUUUGAAUCUCCAAUUGCGGAAACACAAGAGAUUUAUUUUAAAUCAUCCACACUCAAUGUUAAUGAAGUUGAUGUUUCUUCUAUUUCUAUAGAGCGAGAUCCAGGAUUACGUCCUCCGAUGUGGGACUAUCCAGUCAAUCGACGUGAUGAAAUAAGACGGGCUUAUUUGAAACAUGGUCCAAAUCGAUUUAUUCUUGCAAAUUAUCCACUUUCUGGACCAGAAAAUCCCCCUCGUCGCUUUCAAGCCUCUUGGUUCACACAAUUUCCUUGGCUUGAGUAUUCUCGUUCCAAGGAUGCUGCAUAUUGUCUACCAUGUUAUCUUUUUACUAUGAAAAGAGAUGGACGUCCUGGAUGGGAUGUAUUUACUAUCAAGGGAUUUAGAAAUUGGAGAAAAGUUCAUGAAGGAAAAAAUUGUGCCUUUUUGACUCAUAUUGGGGAGGAUCCUUGUUCACCUCAUAAUAAUGCUAUGAAAUCUUAUGAGGAUUUACGAAAUCAAUCACGACAUAUCGAUAAAGUAUUGAAUGCACAAAGUAUGGAACAAAUUCAAAAUAAUCGACUACGUGUGAAAACUUCUAUUGAUGUUACUCGGUGGCUUGCAUUUCAAGGAUGUGCGUCUAGAGGUCAUGAUGAGACUGUUGAUUCAAAAAAUCGAGGUAAUUUUCUUGAGCUGAUUAAACUUUUGGCAUCAUAUAAUGAUAAAGUUGCAAGUGUUGUUUUGGAAAAUGCUCCAAAAUCUGCGAAGUAUAUUUCACAUACAAUUCAAAAGGAGAUUUUGCAAGUCAUUGCAAGUAAAGUGCGAGAGAAAAUUCGUGAAGAUAUUGGAGACUCUAAAUUUUGCAUCAUUGUUGAUGAGGCACGUGAUGAGUCUAAGAGAGAACAAAUGGCAAUUGUUUUGAGAUUUGUUGACAAAGAUGGUUUUAUACAAGAACGUUUCUUUGAUAUAGUUCAUGUUAAAGAUACAUCGGCAUUGACUCUAAAGAAUGGAAUAUCUGAUGUUCUCUUUCGUUAUUGCCUUGAUAUUCAAAAUAUCCGUGGACAAGGAUAUGAUGGUGCUAGUAACAUGCGUGGUGAAUGGAAGGGAUUGCAAGCAUUAUUUCUUAAAGAUUGUUCUUGUGCAUACUAUGUUCAUUGUUUUGCUCAUCGAUUACAAUUAGCAUUAGUUGCUGCAUCUAGAGAGGUGUCUCUUGUUCAUGUGUUCUUCACAAAUUUGAACUUUGUUAUCAAUGUGGCCAGUGCUUCAUGUAAACGUCAUGAUCAACUACAAGCUGUUCAUGCAACACAAAUUGCACAUAUGGAAGCUAUUGGUGAGCUUGAAACUGGAAAAGGGGCUAAUCAAAUUGGCACUUUGAAACGAGCUGGUGAUUCUCGUUGGGGUUCGCAUUUUAAUUCUAUUUGUAGCCUAAUAAGGAUGUUUGAUGCUACUUGUACAGUGCUUGAAGAUGUUGAAAGAGAAGGAGGUACUUACUCUCAACGAGGAGAUGCUAAGGCUGCUUAUAAAAUGCUUACAUCCUUCGAGUUCAUAUUUAUUUUACAUCUAAUGAAGGAAAUUAUGGGCAUUACUGAUGUUCUUUGUCAAGUUUUGCAGCAAAAAUCUCAAGACAUUUUGAAUGCUAUUAAUUCAGUUUCUAUUGCAAAAAAACUUAUCCAAAAGUUGAGAGAUGAUGGUUGGGAUAAUUUGCUUGAGAACAUUGUCUCUUUCUCCAAGAAAGCUGAAAUUGGCAUUCCAGAUUUGAGUGCUCCUUAUAUUGAAGGUCGAGGUCGUAGUCAAAAGAAUCACAUUACAUUGGAGCAUCAUUAUCAUUUUGACAUAUUCAAUACUACUAUCGACUUUCAAUUGCAAGAGCUUGAUAGUAGGUUUGGUGAAAAGGCGAUGGAACUUUUGACACUUAGCUCUGCUUUGAAUCCAAAAGAUGCUUAUGAAUCCUUUAAAAUUGACGAUAUAUGUAUCCUUGCAGAGAAGUAUUAUCCUCUUGAUUUUUCUGAGCAGGAGAAAAUUAAUUUGAGAUAUCAGUUGAGGUAUUUUGAAGUUGAUAAGCUUGCUGAUCCGACAUUACAAAAUUUGUCUUCCAUUGCAGAAUUAUGCCAAGGAUUGGCAAAGGCGAAAAAAUCAAAGACAUAUGAUCUUAUUGAUAGAUUGAUUCGUCUUGUUUUGACUCUUCUAGUGUCUACAGCAACUACCGAACGAGCAUUUUCAGCAAUGAAAAUUGUUAAAACACGACUUCGUAACAAAAUGGAGGAUGAUUUUCUUGCAAAUAGUUUAGUUCUCUAUAUUGAAAGGGAAAUUGCUGAGAGUUUCGAUUUAGAUUCGAUACUUGAUGAUUUUGUACUUCUAAAAGACCGUAAAGUGCAGUUCUAGACACUUUUUUGUAUUUCUAUCUUUUUGAUGUAGUGUCGACAUGUUACAUUUAUAAUAUAUCAAU